AUGUGGUGGAGCCUGAGUCAGUUGCUUUCUCCUUUGAUUUUGUCUAUAUUCUUGCUGGCUUUGGUGGAAUAUCAGGCCACGACUACAGCACACAGGGAGCUCGAGGCGUUGCCUUCCCAGAGGAGGAGCAGCAGAGAUGUUAAUUCUCCAGCCCCUGUUGACUGCCAGCUGAGCCAAUGGUCAGAAUGGACAGAUUGCUUUCCUUGCCAAGAGAAAAAACACCGGUUCCGGAGGCUGGUGCAGCCGGCGGGGCUGGCAGGGCGGCCGUGCCCGGGGCACCUCUGGGAUGUGCAAGCUUGCCAUGCUGAGACGACGUGCAGCGGGCCCCCUGGCUGUGGGAAGGACUUUCUCUGCCAGGAAACAGGUCGCUGUAUUAAACAGCAUCUUGUGUGCAACGGAGAACUAGACUGCAGAGAUGGGUCUGAUGAGGAGAACUGCGAGGAGGAAGAUAUUGAAAGCCCUUGUGAACAUCUGCUCCCAAUCCCCGGGGCUGAAAAAGCAGCCCAAGGAUACAAUAUCCUAACACAGGAAGGGACCCAGUACGUAUAUGAUCCUAACUUUUUUGGAGGCCACUGUGAGUCUGUCUACAAUGGAGAGUGGCGGGAGCUGAAGUACGAUGCUGCGUGUGAACAUCUGUACUAUGGAGAUGAUGAGAAGUAUUUCCGCAAACCUUACAACUUUCACAUAUACCAGUUCUUAGCUCAUGCCGAUUCUGGAUUCAAUUUUGAGUUUUAUGAUGAUUCAAAGGAUCUGCUCGAUGCCCUUAAAAGCGAUAAAUCCAUAACAAAAGGCAUUACCAUUGGAAUUGGGUUUAGCAAAUCGAUUUCCCAAUUAAACUUGGGCUUCACUUUAUCAGGUGGCAAAGGAUCCCUGAAGAAUUUCACACAAUACACUGAAAAGGGGCUUUCAUUCACUAGAAGUGUGACAAAGGUGCAAACUGCCCAUUUCAAGAUGAGAAGGGACAACAUUGUUUUGGAUGAAGACAUGCUGCUCUCCCUGCAGGAGCUCCCAGACACCUACAACUAUGGCAUGUAUGCCAAAUUCAUCAACGACUACGGCACCCAUUUCAUGACAUCUGGCACGAUGGGAGGCAUCUUUGAGUACAUCGUUGUCCUUAACAAGGAGGAAAUGAGAAAAAAAGACAUCAGUGCUGAAGAGAUAAGUGCCUGUAUUGCCUGGUCACUUGGCCUUACAACUAGCAAGAGUGUACUGGAUUUGGAAGCAGCUGUGACAUCCUCUGACUGUGCACAGAAAGGAUUACUGAAUACUGAUGCUCUGAGCAACAGUUCAGUUGUGGAAGAUAUUAUUGCCCGGAUUAAAGGUGGAGAUACCAGUUACAGCGGAGGGCUCUUAAACAGUUGGGAUGGCAACACCUAUCGUCACUGGGGAAGGUCAUUAAAAUAUAACCCUGCUGUUAUUGAUUUUGAGCUGCAGCCUAUCCACGAAAUCCUCCGCAGAAGCAACCUGGGCAACCUGGAACCCAAAUGGCAGCACCUGAAACGGGCUUUGGAGGAUUACUUGUUGGAGUUCAACGCCUGCCGCUGCGGCCCCUGCCUGAACAACGGCGAACCCGUCUUGGUGGGAGAUGGGUGCUUCUGCCAGUGCCAGCCAGGCUAUGGAGGACCUGCCUGCGAGCGGACGAGGCGCCGAGGAGGCCAGACGGACGGGCAGUGGAGCUGCUGGUCGCCGUGGGGUCCCUGCCA